GGCAGUGACGUCACAAACAGGGCGUGGUUUACUCGCGAGGAAAAGGAGCACCGCUCAGGUGUGAAGUCCGCGACAUGUGACAAAAAAGCUUUAAAGGGUCGAGCGGCGUUCCGCGCGGCCGCGCUAUGGCUGACAGCUGCGUGGGAAAGUGCGCGCCCGUAUUCCUUCUCGCCGUGGUUUUUGAUGCCGCCGGUCUGGUUGUUCUUCUCGUGGGCAUCUUUGGCAACCUGAACGUGGACGGACGCUUCUACGGAGAUUUCCUCAUCUACACGGGGUCGCUGGUUAUCUUCCUCAGCCUGGUGUGGUGGGUUCUGUGGUACACCGGCAACGUCCGCUUGGGCGCCGACCACAGGAGAAGUUCCCUGGACGUCCGCUUCACCAACUGGGCGAGGAAGAUCUCAGAGAGGUUCUCGAGAAGCGCAAUCAAGUCUCAGGAGAAGAACAAUUCCGGGAAGGACGUGAGAGGAGUCUUACCUUGUGGUGCGCACACCAGGAUUACGUGGGAAUUGAACGGCACCGGGGCCGUGGGUCAGGACAACAGGGGGUUCGAUGGGGGCUCCGAAUGCGUGCCAAACGUGGAGUUGGGGGAGUUGAGGAACUCUGAUGUGAAGCUCCAGACUGUGGAGAGCAAAGAGGAGAAGCUGCUCUGACGUGGUCAGACUCCCCAGAACCAAUGGACUGGACUAUCGGUACUGCUUUUCAAAGACUGAACACUUUUUUUUUUUCAAGACAAGCUCCCACUGAAGGCAAAAGGACUGCACGCAGAAGAAGAAAAUGUAUUUCAUAUGUAAAUAGCAAUUUAUUUUUAUUUUUGUAAAGGUGAAUAUUUUUGCUGGAAUAAAGUUUAGCAAUAGCAAUUGCA